CCCCUGUCUGAGCGGUUGGUUGGUGACCUUUGGGGACACUUGGUGACAUUUGGGGACAUUGGGGACAUUUGGUGACACUUGGGGACAUUUGGUAACUCCCAUCUCUCAGAGGAGCUCCAUGGCUGGUGGGAGGUGACCUUUGGUGACACUUGAUGACACUUGGUGACAUUUGGGGACAUUGGGGACAGGGUAACCCCCGUCUGAGUGAGGAGCUCGUGGCGGUUGGUGACAUUUGGUGACCUUUGGGGACACUUGGGGACACUUGGGGACAGGGUAACCCCCGCCUGAGCGAGGAGUUCGUGGCGCACCUGGAGACGGAGCUGGAGCGGUCGCGGCUGCGCGAGAGCGAAACCCUGGGGGCCCUCAAGGAGAUGCAGGACAAGGUCCUGGACAUGGAGAAGCGUCAGCCGCUGCUGCCGGACGAGUCCAGCGUGGUUCGGCUGCAGGAGGAGCUGCAGGAGCUGGCCCUGAGGGACAUCGGGGACAUCGGGGACAGCUGGCAGGUGUGCGGGGGCCGCUGGAAGGAGCCGCGGGGGCUGCACGGGGCCGUGCUGGGGGCGCAGCUCCGCGAGAGCCAGGCCCAGGCGGAGCUGAGAGCGCUGCGGCAGAGAGUGCUGCACCUGGAGACACAGGGCCGGAUCCAGCAGUCGGUGUUACGCCGUGCCGAGCAGGCCUGCGCCGGGCUGCGGGAGCAGCUCCGCGCCGCGGCCGCGCAGAGCCAGGGGCUGCAGGCGCAGCUCAGCGAGAGCCACCGCAAACACCACGAGGCACAGUGCAAGCGGGAGGAGGGGCGGCUGCAGGGCCAGCUGGAGCACUCGGACACGGCGCGGUACAUCCGGCACCUGCAGGGCCACAUCCGCCGGCUCAAGGCUGAGGUCCGGCUGCUGCGGGGGCCGCUGUCCUUCGGCGCGGUGGCCUUGGGGACACGCCUGGGGGACGAGGACUCGCUGGGCUCCUCGGACGAGGAGCUGCCCCCGCCCUUCGCGCUGGCCCCGGGGGACACCGGGGACACUGGGGACAGCAGCGACAGCGAGCCCGAGGUGGCACCCACGGCACCGUGACCCGCUGGGGACACCGGGGACAGCCUGAGGUGGCACCCACGGCACCGUGACCCGCUGGGGACACCGGGGACAGCCCGAGGUGGCACUGAUGGCACUGUAACCUGAGGGGACACCCGAGGUGGCACCAACAGCACAGGGGACAUGGGACACCGGGGACAGCCCGAGGUGGCACCCACGGCACCGUGACCCACAGGGGACAUUGGGGACAGCAGUGACAGCAGUGACAGCCCGGCGGAGGUGGCACCGAUGGCACCGUGACCUGAGGGGACAUCAGGGACACUGGGGACAUCGGGGACAUUGGGGACAGCGAGCCCAAGGUGGCACCCAUGGCACCGUGACCGGAGGGGACAUCAGGGACAUUGGAGACCUUGGGGACAUUGGGGACAGCAGCAACAGCGAUCCAGAGGUGGCACCGUGACCAACAGGGGACACUGGGGACAUCAGGGACCUUGGGGACACUGGGGACAGCAGUGACACUGAGCCUGAGGUGCCACCCAUGGCACUGUGACCCACGGGGACAUUGGGGACACUGGGGACAGCCCGAGGUGACACCCAGGGACCCACAGAGACACUGGGGACAGGCCAGGGGACAGUGGGACACCUGUGGGUGCUGUGGCACCUGGGGACAUCCCGAGUCGCUGUGGUACUCUGGGGACACCUGUGACACCCGAGGGACACCGGGGGACACCGAGG